UCUCAAUACAUAACUGUCUCUUUGUACAUACACGAGAGGAGUAGACUGAGUAGUGUGCGCUAGUUUGAGCCGUCCUCUUUCGGAACUGUUGUUGACAUUCAGUAAUGAAGGGAACUUGUCAUAGACUCCAAGGGUAAAAUUUGGGAGUCAUUAUUACAAGCGCAUUUACCCAAACGUCUAGGUUCUCUCCAAGGACUGUCCACCCGGGAUGUUCGACCUAACGAAGGAAUGGAAUCUGUCGUUUGCCGGCUGCGGGUUCCUGGGGAUCUAUCACAUCGGAGUGGCCAGCUGCCUGUUGGAACAAGCGCCUUACCUCAUCAAAGGUGCCACCAAGAUCUACGGGGCUUCGGCCGGUGCCCUAACCGCCUCGGUGCUCGCCAGCCAGGCAUCCAUAGCUAAGUGCUGUGAGGAUGUGAUCGAGACAGUCAAGGAGGCCCGGAAGCGUAACCUGGGUCCCCUCCACCCCUCCUUCAACCUGGUCAAGGUCAUCAGGUCGGGCCUGGAGCGCGACCUGCCCGCCGACGCGCACACACUCGCCUCCGGGAGGCUGUGUGUGUCACUCACUCGCGUGUCUGAUGGACAAAACGUCAUCGUGUCCGAGUUCAAGUCCAAGGAGGAGCUCAUCCAGGCACUGCUGUGUAGCUGUUUCAUCCCCAUAUACUGUGGCCUGAUCCCUCCGUCCUUCCAAGGAGUGCGUUACGUGGAUGGGGGAAUCAGUGACAACCUUCCUCGGUCGGAGCUGAAGAACACCAUCAGCAUCUCUCCGUUCUCCGGCGAGAGUGACAUCUGUCCCCGGGACACCUCUUUCAACUUCCACGAGCUGCGCUUCACCAACACCUCCAUCCAGAUGAACCUGGACAAUAUGUACCGCCUCAGCAAUGCCCUGUUCCCCCCAGAACCCAAGGUCAUGGCAGAGAUAUGUCAGAGUGGCUACAAGGACGCCCUUCGCUUUCUUGAGGAGAACCAUCUGCUGAAGCUGGAGUGUCCGACUGCCGGCCCCAGCCUAUCAGAAGACACACACACCUGCUGCUGCAAGCCCAUCGCCACGGAAACCACUAAGGACUGGAUGCUCCGCCGGCUCCGUCUCCUGAGGAAGCGGCACUGGUGGCUGGAUGAGCAGAUUGUUGACAACCUGCCCUCCCAAAUCAAAAAAGUGUUUUGUGAGGCGUGCCAGCAGAAACCUGGUCUGUAUGCUCAGGUGUCUGAGAUGCUGCCGGUCAGAGUGGCCUCCUACAUGCUCCUGCCCUGCACACUACCUGUGGUAUCGGCCUACUCAGUGGGCAAGAGGUUUGUGGAGUGGAUCCCAGAGGUGCCUGCAGAUAUGCGUUGGCUAGCUGGGGUGGCUGGGGAUGUGGCUGGGAGCAUGUACAGACAGACCCGGAGAGGAGCACUAGCAGACAUAACCAGUGAUGGUUCCCUGAGGAAUUGCAUGAGCCUGCCCCUACCCCUGGACAGUGACGGACCCAGGGAGAGAAACAGUCAUCUCUCCGGGUUCGCUCUCUCUGCUCUUGAUCUCCAAAGCCAAUACUGGAACAUCCCCACCGCCCCCUCUUCCCGCCGCCCCACCAGCCCCCUCAUGCCCAGCCCCUCCCCACGACAGAUCUGCUUCUUUGUUGGCUCGCAGGACGAGACUGACUGACAGUCCCAUCCACCAAUGAGAGGACACUUUGGCUUUGUUUUAAAAGAUGACAGGACAGUCCAGCUCAAGAUCCCUCCCACAGGGCCUGUCUAUAGGCUAUAGGAACUGGGAUGGACAAAUGAUGGUCAUGUGAUUGAAUAGCUGUGGGAUCCGGAACUGUUGCUAUAGACACACUAAUCAUGUAUUUUGAUCACUCUAACAAUCAUAUUUUAUUAUACAGGACACAUUGUAGAACAAUUUACCAAAGACCUCUGCAAGUGAAUUAUAAAUUUUUAUAAAUAGCUAUGUCUAGUUUUUCCAGAUUACUUGUUGUCACUACAACUAUACCUAGCUACUUACAGUACCUACCUACCAGAGGAGGCUGGUGGAAGGAGCUAUAGGAUGACCGGCUCAUUGUAAUGGCUGGAAUAGAAUAAAUGGAACGGUAUCAACCACAUCAAACAGGGGCAGCAGGUAGCCUAGUGGUUAGAAUGUUGGGCCAGUAACCGAGAGGUUGCUGGAUUGAAUCCAUGAGCUGACAAGGUCAAAAUCUGUCAUUUUGCCCAUGAAAAAGGCAGUUAACCCACUGUUCCCCGGUAGGCUGUCAUUGUAAAUAAUAAUAUUUUCUUAACUGACUUUCCUAGUUAAAAUAAAAAACAUAUGGAAACCACAUGUUUGACUCUGUUCCAUUAAUUCCAUUCCAGCCAAUACAAUGAGCCUGUCCUUCUAUAGCUCCUCCCACCAGCCUCCUCUACUACCUAUUUACAGUACACAGGAGGUUGGUAGCACCUUAAUUGGGGGGAUGGGCUCGUGGUAAUGGCGGUAGAGGAAUGGUAUCAUGGUUCCCAUGUAUUUUCUGUUCCAGACAUUAUUAUGAGCUGUCCUCCCCUCAGCAGCCUCCUUUGCAACAGUACCUACCUACGCGUGUUCAAUUAAAUGUAGCAUUCAUUCCUAAUGGACUGUUGACCUGAGUUAAAGUUGACUUCCUUGACUAUGAGCUGUGCGUUUUCCUGACUACUAUUAGACAGGACCCUUGAACUGAACUAUGAACUACUGUGAUGAGCUGUGAUGUCAAGAAAUUUGAAUCACAAUGUUCUUGAAAGUUCCUUUCAGAACUUCCCUUAAUGUUGACCAUUGCUUUUGCACAAUGACUUGAGUUGCAUAGGAAUCACAAUUUUUAUAUGGCAUCUCAAAUGGGUCAUUUUCAUGAAACCAGUUUUAAAAUGUAUGUAGAAAACUGAGUUAAAAAACCAUGAUGCAUCUGCAAAAUCAACUAUCAUUCAGAGGACUAAGAUGUCUAGUUUUUUGGAAAGUGUCUUAUUUUAAAUACAUUUGACAUUUUUGCCAGAAUUUUGUAUUUUUCUUACCCCAAAUUCUCUUUACUGAAAUACUUUCGAAUUAAAUUCUCAAGUCAUUUUAUUAAAAACCUAAUUUCAUAUAAAUAAGACACAAAAUAUGAUGCUGCAAUUUGUCCAUAAAUCAUACAAAUGGUAUACCAGUUGACUAUAAUAAUAUUUAUAAUAAAUGCUUCAGAGUUCAAGUAACCGACACAUCUCAACAUCAACUGUUCAGAGGAGACUGCAUGAGGGCCUUCAUGGUUGAAUUGCUGCAAAGAAAUCACUACUAAAGGACACAAAUAAUAAGAAGAGACUUGCUUGGGCCAAGAAACACGAGCAAUGGACAUUAGACCGGUGGAAAUCUGUCCUUUGGUCUGAUGAGUCCAAAUUAGACAUUUUUGGUUCCAAUCCCGUAUUUUUGUGAGACGCAGAGUAGGUGAAUAGAUUAUCUCUGCAUGUGCGGUUCCCACCGUGAAGCAUGGAGGAGGAGGUGUGAUGGUGUGGGGGUGCUUUGCUGGUGCCACUCUGUGAUUUAUUUAGAAUUCAAGGCACAUUUAACCAGUAUUGCUACCACAGAAUUCUGCAGCUACACACCAUCCCAUCUGGUUCGCAUUUAGUGGGAUUAUCAUUUGUUUUUCAACAGGACAAUGACCCAAAACACACCUCCAGGCUGUGUAAGGGCUAUUUGACCAAGAAGGAGAGUGAAUGAGUUCUGCAUCAGAUGACCUGGCCUCCACAAUCACCCGACCUCAACCCAAUUGAGAUGGUUUGGUAUGAGUUGGACCACAAAGUGAAGUAAAAGCAGCAAUCAAGUGCUUAGCAUAUGUAUGAACUCCUUCAAGACUGUUGGAAAAGCAUUCCAGGUGACAACCUCAUGAAGCUGGUUGAGAGAAUGCCAAGAGUGUGCAAAGCUGUCAUCAAGGCAAAGGGUGGCUACAUUGAAGAAUCAAAUAUAAAAUAUAUUUAGAUUUGUUUAACACUUUUUUGGUUACUACAUGAUUCCAUAUGUGUUAAUUCAUAGUUUUAAUGUCUUCGCUAUUAUUCUACAAUGUAGAAAAUAGCAAAAAUAAAGAAAAACCCUUGAAUGAG